AUGAACGGUUCAAAGGAGGUCUGGCGCCUUGCCAGCGAGUACGAGUACGACACAUCUCCACCACCUACCUCUGCCCUACCCGACGACGGCCAGCUAGAUGCCUAUGCGCAGUCUGCCUCCUUCUACCACUCAUCCCAUUCCGAUCCACACGCGUGCCUACCGCGCUUCGUCUACCCCUCCCUCCUCGUCUGUGGCACCAACCAGGCGUUCAUAUUCGAUGUCCUCACCGGGGCGCGGGUGCAGCUUAUCGGUGACCUGCAAGACGUCAACGCACACGGGGACGGGCUGGACGACAUCACAUACGUGGACGUGAAUGUGCGGCAUGUGUUCGUGUGCUGCGAGUCGGUGCUAAAGGUGUUCUUGCGAGAGACUGGGCGCUGCGUGCUGGAGAUCACGUCAGACCAGGUGUAUUACGGCGAUCAGCGAUUCACACUCGUGUACACACCACCAGACAACAGCCACUGGCAUCCGCAGUCGGAGCUCAUGCGGUGCAACACGCAGAAAGACGUCGAUAUGACCGUGCCCGCGGAAUCGCAGUUCAAUCAGCCACGUCUCGUCGUGCAUGGAUCGCAUAUGGCGCUCCUCCUCUCUUGCUCGUGCCUCAUCGUCGUGCCCGACUUUGAGAGGAUCAUAUCAGGGGAAACAACCCUGCGCGCCGCCGCCCUCGACAUUCAGCUCGGGUCAAUGGGGUCCCAGUCGAUAUACCUUACCUACGAGCAUGGCAGGAUCGCCGUCGCUACUGCCAGCGGCGUGUUCAUAGUGCAGUUCGCUCUCGGGCCCGAUGGUAGCUACGGUUCGGAGAUCACUGUGCAUCGCGUCGUGCGCAUGGCUCGCUACCACGACCUGCAGUACAUCAGCUGCCUGCAGAUGGCAAGGUGGGAGUACGUAGCAGCGGCGUGCAUGUAG